CCGGCUAGCGCGCUCGCCUGCCGUUCGGCCUGGAGCUCCCACACCGUCUCCUCAUCCCGGGAGCAAUUUCAUCAAUAAAAAGAUGCCCCCAAACAUGUUUACCCAUUGUGUGUGUUACCGCAAUAUGUCAAUUUAGCCGCAUAACCUUAUGUGAAUGGACACGUGAUUACGCUGCCGUGGUGUCUUCCUUUGUAGUGUGACUGUCUUUAGUGCUGGUUGUUUUUGUGAGGUUGAAGCGUAAUACUGUGAAGAGCUAUGUAAAUAAGGUCUAUUAUUAAAGCAAUAAUAUAAACUAAAAAACCCCAUUAAGGACGCUGUAGAAAGUGCUAAAAUAGUAAUAGUUAUUUUAAAAAAGUAUCUUCCAUUAAAAAGUAGAGAUAACGAUAAAAAUAAACUGUGCAAAAUGAUCUCAAAGGUCCGCGCCGCGAAAAUUCAAUUACAUAAAUUGAAGAUUAUCUCAUCGAGUACUGUCGAGGGAAAAAGUGUUGCGAAUUAAAAUUUGAGAAAUGUUAAUAAAAUGCCGCAACGCGCUUCGUCAUCGUCCAGCUUGAUGCGCCCUUUCGUGGUGCUCGCUUUGCCCGGAAUGUACUUGCUGUACAAGUAUAACCAGUACCGACAGCAGCAAAUGGAGACCGCGAGGCGCCGCGUCACCGAGCGGGAGCUUAUGCACCUCAACACUAAAAUCGACAAAUUGCUCAAUAAAUUAGAAGAAAAUGAACCUGAACUCGCCACAUCACCUGAGGAAGAAUGUGUAAUAUGCGUGAAUGCAAAAGCGACGAUGCAAACGUCGCCAUGCGGGCAUCGUGUGGUGUGUCGGCGAUGUUUCGUAAAGACCAUCCAGAUGGCUGUGAGCCAAAGGCUGUUACCACUUCGCUGUGUUAUCUGCCGAGCCAAGAUCCUGCGACUGAGACAGGCGCCUCGACUUGUUACUAGUAAAAGUUGGCAGGUAUCAACCGGUAGUGGAAAAUCAUGGGGAGUGCCAGGGUCAGUUUCGUCAUAUUCAGUAGGCGCCCGCUCGGUGCCUGCCUCCGCCUCGCUGUACUCUGUCACUAGUGGUGAAUCUUCACUAUCAGGAGUGUCUUCCGUAUCUUCAAAUAGUGGAGGCAAUGUCAGCACAGCUGGAUGUUCCACAAAGCUAUGUGGCGGUGCCAAAUGUGGCGGAGCGUGUCUCGGAGCUGUACCUCGUGUUCCAGCUGCAUCAGCUCCGCCUCGACCUCGACAACCAGCUUCAAAUUCCCUUCGACGAUCGCAACAUCAUAGCAUGAAGGCUCGUCUGCAAGAUUAUCAAAUGCAUAGUUAUACUGGCGGUCCUGCUGGAGAACCGUCUGGCAGACUGCCGCCUAUUCGAGAAUUUCAAAGAGAAUUCCGAGAGGGCCGCAGAGAAAGUGCAGCUGCUGCAUCUGCAUCAACUAGAAUUAGAUGUGCCCAAAAAAUUGUUACACAAUUAGAAACAUCUCCACAGAAGAAUAAGCAACACUUCUUCAGACCUCUUAAACCGACGAACAAAGAUGACCCACCAAAAUCAAGAGAUCACAGUAAAGAGACUGAUAAGAAAAAAGAAAACCCCAAAGCGAAACCUAAGAAAGAGGAGAAGAAAAAGAAAGAUGUCGACGAAAAUACAAAACAAGGUGAUAAAAAUAAGAAGGAUGAAAGCAAUGACAACAAAAAAAAUGAAAAUUCAGAAAGAAAGAAAGAGGAGAAACUUAGGCUUAAAGCAGAGAAAGAAGCCAAAAAAGAAGCUAAAUUACAGGCUAAGGAAGAAGAAAGACAAGCUAAACUACUUGCCAAAGAAGAAGAACGACAAGCGAAAUUAUUGGCAAAGGAAGAAAAGAAGAAAGCCAAAAAAGAGGCGAAAAUGGCAGCACAAGCCGAAAAGGAAAAAAGUAAAUAAUAUAAAUACGGAAUACCAUUCAAAUUUUUACAUCGUAGAAACUUUUAGCCGUCUUUAGGUACUAGAUUCGAAAGUCGUUAUUGUCGGAGGAGGAUAAAAUUUUAUGAGUAUUGUAAAUUAAAUAAAUAAACUACUGUAAUAACUUAGCAUGACUUAAUUUGUAUUUUUUACAGUUCGUUGAUUUUUUUCCUUUUUUUAUUGUUUUAUACGAUAAGACAAUAUUGAAUCAAAUACAUACAUAGAUAUUAUAUAAAUAGUAUUAGAUUUAGACUGUGAUUAUGUUAUGUAGCUCAUUGAUUUUAUUUCCUCAAAGUAUUCACCAAUAAAAUAUAACUCGAUGUUAAAUAUAGUUUUAAACAAAUGUUAUGAAAAGCAAUUUAAAUAAAUAGUUAUUGGGUCUAGUUGGAACUCUACAAACUGCGAAGACUGAACGAACGAGAUAAUGAAAUCAUAUCGUUUUGUAACUUGUGAAACAACGUGUUGUAGUUAAGAGCUUUGUGCAUGAUUGUAUUGCCAAAGAAUUUAUUUAUAAGAGAUCAUUUUAUGAUCCGACCCAUUUCAAUACUUCAUUAUUAAUUUCAUAAUAAAUAUUAGAUAUGCUAGAUAUUAUUUUAAUGAAUUUUGGCUUUCCGCAGUUUAUCUGCAACAACUACAGGUAGUUUAACCCUAGACUAGGGAAAACCAAUGUUAAGUUAUUUUUUAGUAUUUCUCUGCUUCUAUUCAAGACAAGAAGGUAUAUUUAUAAAUAAAUUAAUGUAGAGUCAUAUCAAGUUGAUUUAGCAUGAAACUAUGUAAGUGUUAAGAUUUCUUUUAUAAGAUUUCCAUGUCGAAAUCUAUUGUCAAUCGUUAGAA